AUUCCACUGCGUCAAAUAUUAUAUAUAUAAGAAACCUCAGAGUAGCUGGAAUCAUCACGAGCCAAUAUCAUUUUAAAAAGAUAACACGCACAAGCUUUGUUUGAUGAUAUAUAUAUAUAUAAUAAUAUUGUCGUUCUUUCCAUUCCAAGUGACCAACCAUUAUAAUGAAUACCACCAACGUUCUCCUCCGGGUUGUGAUCCUCCUCACCAACGGCGUAUUGUUCAUAUCUUCGGCGUCAAUUCCGACUCAAUGUAAAAUACCAAAUGAUUUGAAAGUCCAAUAUGAGAAACUAUACAGCACAGCGAACGGCAAUAACUUUUUUCUACCAGUUGAAAUAACUCCAGCGGGAAGUGACCAACCAGCACUAACUGAACAGGAUAAAAUUUGCCCAACAUCUUCCGUAUCUAGUGAUAUCAUUCGCGAGCGUUCAACCUGCCCAUGGUACCUGAAAAUUACCCACAAUUCAACAUAUUUUCCUUCAUCCCACACUGAAGUCGUGUGUCGCUGUACAGAGUGUCUGGACUCCGACAGUAACCACCAAUGUGUGAUGGUGUAUACUUCAAUGACUGUCCUGAAACGCACAGCUGAAUGUGUUCACGGACUGUACGUUUAUAAACCAAGUGCCAUCGAUGUAGCCACAGCCUGUGUGUGCGCCCGGAUAAUCGAUGUAAUAUCCGGAUGAAAUGACAACGAUAGUCGUAAUAUCGGCCAACAUCAUCAAACAUUCAAAUGUGUGUAACACAAGAUUUUUUCACAAUGUUAUGAAAGUUUAAGUAAACCACUGUGUGGUUGUUAUACGAAAGAUGCACACACACACACAGAAUUAUACAACCGUAAAUAAUUAAAUGCGUGCUCUCACGCUAUUCAUUUCUUUCUCGCUGUCUCUCUUUGUUUGUAUACAUACACACAAACACACACAGACAGACUCACACACAUAGACACAUACACACACACACACAUACAU